UUUGAUAAAAAUGAUUUUGAAAACUUUGAAAGAGCUUCACUUGAUAUAGUGUUGGGCUCUGGACCAAAAGUUUACUCUACUGAACUUAUAAACUGGACUACUGAACUUAUAAACUGGACCACUAGACCUAUAAGUCCAGUUCUAGUUCAAUUUUACUGA